UGAUAAACCUUAUCAAUAUCUCUUAUCUCCGUGUUUGCUAUUUUACUCUCAGGGACCUAUUUUAUUACAUACUGUAAUAAAGUGAAGUAUGUUGGGAGUUAAUCAUGUGUUUCGGUAGAUAGUUUAACUGAUUUCUUCGAAAAAAACACCCAAAAAUUUUUCCCAAAUAAUGAAACCACCCAUCCCCAUUCCAAUCCUGCAAAACCUGCGCUGUGGCCACUGCCGAAAAUUCGUAACCUGUGGCCCUGUCCACGUGACCCCUGACAGCAGCAUACUAUGCGGCCGUUGUUCCCAUUUCGCCAAACAAACCUACCGGAACAUAGCCUUCGAAGCCCUGGCCUCAAUCUACCGCUACCCUUGCACCUUCUGGCCCAAACACUGCAACAAACGCCUAGUCUGGAACGAGUCCCUGGACCACGAAACCAAAUGUCUGUUCCAGAACAGCUGCAACGUGCUCUGCUCCAGACCUGGCACCUUCUUCAAAUCGGACCGAAAACUCCCAAACCACCCGGACAUCAACCUCGAGCACGUCCCCGAGCAAAUGCUGGAGACGCUGAAAUGCGUCUCCUGCGAGAGCUAUCUGACCAACAAGCCGGUGUACCUCGUCCAUGAUGGGCGAAAUAUCUGCCAUAGGUGCAUCCAUUCGAAUGGGGCGCCGAAAGGCGCGGUCCGGAACCUGGCUUACGAGACCAUCGCCACUUCCAUCAUCUUCCCCUGCGUUUACCGCUUCAGAGGAUGUACUAUUUGGUUGCAGUUCGGACGGGAAAUGUGGGGCCACGAGAAUGACUGUCCCUACGGCCAAAUCCGCCAAAAACUGACCAAAAACCCCUCAAGGACCGGCAAGGAGAAAGAACGCGGGGUUAUAGAAACCCACUCGGGGCACAUCUGGGGCACCAUCACCCCCCACUCCGCCUUAUUCGCCCCCCCAAAGACCAAAAACAACGAGGGCAAGAUCGUCACCCAAGAACUUGAGGAAAAAAUGAAGAAGAAGAAAGAGGACGAGAACAAAAGCCUGGACUCGCAAUCACUCGACUCCGUCAUGACCUUCGACAGCGAUAACGUCUCCCGGACAACACCCGACAACACCUCGAGGUCGUCCUCAAGGCAGGGGGUACCCCGGAGCCACCAAAUCCGCAUUCCGCGGCCGAGCGAGCUCGGGGAGGUGGCCCCAGUGCCGACGCCCCCAGGUUACAACCGGAUUUCCCACAAUGGUUACUUCCAAGACAACUUGCGGUCGCCGCACGUCGACCAGUACCGCUAUCUCUACCAUUUCCCGCCGGUUUAUUUCGAUAACUCCAACCAGGCGGCUCCAAGUCCGCAGAUUUUGCCAAAACGGAGCGAAAGUCUGCGUGUUGGUCACCAGGAGUUGAUCGAUGAGUUGAAAGUUCGGCAAAAUAAGAAAAUUUCAACGACGCCGCCGCCGAGAGAACUGAACCCGUACCAGGAGUGUAACAAUUUGCAAGAAAUCGUACAAAAGCAUGAUGAGGUGUUUAAUUAAGUAGGAGCGUGACGUAGAAGCCACUUAAGAUUAUUUCCUGCGUUUCAGAGGCGGGUUAUUAAUAAACCAAUCAAGCAAUUAAGAGAAUUUCAACUAAAUAAUAAAUUGUGUCCCAUUGUAUCUGUAUCUAAUAAAGUUUAUUUUUUUA